GACAUUGAUGUGGUAGACAUGUAUACGCUUGCGCGAACGGCCCACAUUCGCCGCGAGGCCACCGAUACAACCGUCAUCGCCCUCGCAGAACAAGGUUACCUCGCAGCAAGUCCCGUCUCCCCGACUCUGGCCAUCACCUUCAACACUCUCGAGCACUUCCGUCUGCUCCGCCUCCGUAAGCCCUCUUUCAGCGUUGAAGCCUUUGCAAAGGUGUUAUGCGAUUCCUACGCUCUCCCGUAUCGUCGUAGAUAUCGUACGGCGCUGAGUGAUUGCUUUGAUGCAUAUCUCUCGGUGCUUCGCGUCAUCGAGAAGCGUAUCAAGACGCGAUUGGGGCGCGACACCCCAGACUGGAGAGUUAAGAAUGCAUGCCCAGCCUGUUGUUAUGAGCUUGAGGAAGAGCCGCCACUCAAGUUUGCGCGCCUCUUCUGCUUCGACGGCAACAAUUCCCUCAAACGGGUGGCAAAAUUCGGGGAUCGUGAAGUUGCAGACACGCGCGAGUUCACGGAAGGCGACUACUUCCUCUCGCCGGACUUCGUAGACAAAUACAAGGACGAAGUCAAUGGUGCUUCCGCGCGAGGUCCCCAAAUCGCCGAUCCGUCUGAUCGCGAUUCCGAUGCUGAUGAAGACGAGCCACCGGAGGAGAGCGGUCCCGCCGGCGACUGCACGCGCAACUGGAAGGCUGCCGCUCCAGAGCAAGACAAGAAGAUGUGGGCAAUAUUUGACGAAACAGGUAUCUUUGCGAGUGCGUGCCGCCACGGGUUCAUCCUAUGGAUUACAGACAUGAUUCGGAGUGGCGAACUAUUCAAAUACCCGAUCUCCAUCGUAGCCAAGGCACUCUCCACACUCGGUCCGCGUCUAUUGAUCGGGUUCGAUGUAGGGUGCUCGCUCUCCGGGACAAUCGAUCGAAGUUCGCUCGGGCCAGACUUCCGGCGUCUUGAAUGCCGCUGCUGUGUGGAUGUAUUCCACGGUUACUCACACAGCCAUCAAUGCCAAACCAAACACCAUCCGACUGCGAUCGAGGGCGCGGGCCUCGAGGAUCUAGGGACUAUGGAGCGCGUCUUCAGCGGGUCCAAUCAGCUGGCGUCUGUCAUUCGUUAUGCGAGUCGCUACCAUCGGCACGUCCUUAUCGACAUGUACUUCAAGCAGUGGGAUGAGGACAAGUAUUCCAACCUGGCAACUAUGCUGCUCAACAACUAUCAACAGGCCCUCAAGAUCAUCCAGGAUGACACUACCGCUGUUCAGGAUGCAUUGGGUGUCCUGGAGUGUACCACGGAGGACCUCCAUACAUGGGGGCAAGAGGAGGCCGCCUACUUCGCUACUGUCGGGACAGAGGACCCCGCCAAUAUCGCUGCGGUGGAGUACGUCACCCUUCUGCGGGAGCUUCGCGUAAUCGAGAACCAGCUCAGUAACUCGACGUCGGCAUUCGUCGCUUCUGUUCCCGAAGACUGGUCUUCCACAACACUCGCGGCGCGGGCGGCCAACCCAGCAUACGAGGCGGACGCCGCUCGCACUCGAAAGCGGGAGACGGAAAGACGCCUCUUGCGUGAGAAGUGGGACCGCACCCUGCGCGAUGUCAUCGCGCUCGAACUGAAGAUGGGCAUUCAAGACAGCCGGUGGCAGCCCGACACUCCCGAGUAUGUGACCUCUAUGCAGUACAUCUCGGAGCGCGACUACCGCGUGGCCCUCGAGAAGCUUCAUGGACUCGUCGUGCAGCGUCUCUUCGAGCUGCAUAACCUUAACAUCUCGCAAACAGCAUACAAAGUUCGGACAUACAUUGCGAAGAAUCUGCAACGCAGGUCUCAAGCGAUUCGUACAGCAGUCAAGCAGUACAACACCGCUGCAGAGGCGCUCAACCCUCCUCGACCGCCUCUCGAUUGGACGAAGGUCACGCAUUACUCAUUCCUGGAGGAAUUCGAGUUGCUCCGCGACACAGGCAACACUCUUCGCACUAAGCGGUGGGCCGAGCCUUUGGCACGCGAAACUAUGAAGAAGGCUAGACAUAUCGCACGCGCCCACGAAGAGAUUCUUCGCUGCAACGUGGAGGUUCGCCGCCUUCACACAUCGAUCGUGAACGAGAAUGCAACACUCAAUACCGCUUGUCGCCUAGCGCGCGUCGAAGGGAAUUCCGUAUCAGGGCCCCUUGAGAUAUUUGCCCUGCGCCGCAAACGGGUGAACGCCCGUCUCCUUGCCGUGAUCUCACAGAUACACGCGCUUCCCGGAUACACGGGUGAC